UUUUUUCCUCACUUGAGCAGUCUUUGGGGAGGUUCUGUACUCAAUUUAGGAACUAAAAAACACAAGGACAAGUAUUUUGAUGGUAUUGACAAUAUGGAUUAUCCAGGUUGUUUUGCUAUGACAGAACUGCAUCACGGCUCAAAUGUUCAAGGUCUACAAACUGUGGCAACAUUUGAUCCACUCACAGAUGAAUUUAUAAUCGACACACCCAAUGAUGGUGCCAUCAAAUGGUGGAUUGGCAAUGCUGCAGUUCAUGGCAAGUUUGCUACUGUUUUUGCUAAGCUCAUGUUGCCAACUCAUGAUACCAAAGGAGUUUCAGAUAUGGGUGUCCAUGCCUUCAUUGUGCCAAUAAGGGAUUUCGAGACCCACCAAACUCUUCCAGGGAUUGAGAUACAUGAUUGUGGCCAUAAGGUUGGUCUGAAUGGGGUGGACAAUGGAGCAUUAAGAUUCCGCUCAGUGAGAAUCCCUCGUGAUAAUCUUCUUAAUCGAUUUGGAGAUGUCUCCCAGGAUGGGAAAUACACAAGUAGCUUACCAUCUAUAAAUAAAAGGUUUGCUGCCACACUAGGGGAACUUGUAGGUGGGAGAGUCGGCCUUGCAUAUUCUUCAGUUAGUGUCCUCAAGAUUGCUGCCACAAUUGCAAUUCGAUAUUCUCUACUGCGUCAACAAUUUGGUCCUCCUAAGCAACCUGAAGUUGCUAUUCUUGAUUACCAGUCCCAUCAGCACAAGUUAAUGCCAAUGCUGGCUUCAACUUAUGCAUUCCAUUUUGCCACGCUGCAUUUGGUGGAGAAAUAUGCAGAGAUGAAAAAGACUCAUGAUGAACAAUUGGUUGGUGACGUCCAUUCGCUUUCAGCAGGACUCAAGGCUUAUGUGACAGGAUAUACAGCAAAGUCAUUGAGUAUCUGCAGGGAAGCUUGUGGAGGCCAUGGGUAUGCUGCUGUCAACCGCUUUGGUAGCUUGAGGAAUGACCAUGACAUUUUUCAGACAUUUGAAGGGGACAACACAGUGCUUCUACAACAGGUAGCAGGUGAUCUGUUGAAGCAAUACAAGGAGAAAUUUCAAGGGGGCACACUCACUGUUACAUGGAACUACCUUAGAGAGUCCAUGAACUUAUAUUUAUCUCAGCCAAAUCCAGUGACUGCUCGUUGGGAAAGUGAAGACCAUUUGCGAGAUCCUAAGUUCCAGUUGGAUGCUUUUAGAUACCGAACUUCUCGAUUACUCCAGAGUGUUGCCGUUAGACUACGCAAGCACUCUAAAACUCUUGGAAGUUUUGGUGCUUGGAAUAGAUGCUUAAAUCACCUUUUGACACUUGCAGAGUCUCAUAUUGAGUCUGUCAUCCUUGCCAAAUUUAUCGAAGCUGUUCAGAAUUGUCCGGAUGCAAGUUCUCGAGCUGCUUUGAAACUCAUCUGUGAUCUUUAUGCCUUGGAACGAAUCUGGAAAGAUAUAGGAACCUAUCGUAAUGUUGAUUAUGUGGCACCAAACAAAGCUAAGGCAAUCCACAAACUCGCAGAAUAUCUGAGUUUCCGAGUAAGAAAUAUAGCGAGGGAACUGAUAGACGCUUUUGAUAUUCCAGAUCAUGUUACACGGGCCCCAAUUGCAAUGCAGUCAGAUGCCUACUCUCAUUACACACAAUACGUGGGCUUUUAAUUCUUAUAGAAAAAGAAAAAGCAGGAAAUAAUUGUCAAAGCCAAAUUGGCAUAACAAGGGAGCUUUGAAUACUCAUGUACUGUUGUAACUUGUAACAUUAUCAAUUCAAAAAGCAACUGGUGCUUGACAUAUGACA